CCCAAGGCGCCGGCGACGGGCGCGGCGGCGACGAUGGAGCGAGGCAGGCGGAGGCAGAUCACCAAGCUGCUGCUGUCCGCGCUGUCGCACGGUGCUCGGGGUGUGUCCGGGUGGCUGGCGGCAUGUGAGCUGCUGCUGCAGGAGGGCACGGUGGAGGCGGCACUGGAUGCGGCCAAGGAGGGUCUCAAGUACGUGGCCCACCGGGACCUGGUGGGCAAGGAGCGGCUGAGCGGGGCGGGGCUGCUGCUGCGGCUGCUGGCGGGGCAGGCGCUGCUGAGGCUGGGCAAGCUGGAGGAGGCGCAGCUGCUGCUGGAGGGUCUCGCUCACGGUGUGAGUGAGGGUCACGUGGCCUCGGGCGAGCUGGCCGGCCUACCGCCCGUCAACGUCAGCCAGCAGGCCAAGAGGUACCUAGCCCACGCCGCCGCUGCGCGCGGAGACUACCCCGGCUCCCGCCACCGCUACGACGAGCUCGUGGGAGGACAGCUCAUGGGCCGAAGCGCCGCCCCCAUCGAGGCCUGGGCACAUGGCGAGCUCGGCAUGCUACUGCUGCGACAAGGCCCGGCUACAGCCGAAGGUGCGAGGUUCCAUCUGCAAGCGGCGCUGGCUGCCGUACAACCGGCGUUAGCGGCGGCUGCCGCCGCCGCCGCCACCCCCGCCGCCGCCGCCGUGGC